AUAAUACACAGAAUGCUCAAUCUGCUAUACCAACCCAAGAACCAGACCCUGAACAAUUGUAUCUGGGAGAAUCCAACCACCUACAUACUGAUAACAAUAAUACUGAUAUCAUAGAAACUGAGGAUCAUGAUACUGCUGUUGAUCAGUUUCCUACAACGGAAAAUGUCACUAUGGUACCAGAUAUUCCACCAUCAGAAACUUAUAACAAUCAUCUUGGUUUUAACCCUGAAUGGUUUAUUGAGGGUAUUAAUAUAGAAACAUCAUCAACUAAUAAUAUCACUUCGAGUCAAUCUCAAUGUGGAGAAGAUCAAAUCGAUUUUUAUAACGAUAAUUAUUAUUUAUUACAAUCUUUCUAUCCAUCUCCUUGA